AUGGCUCAAACUAUUGGCGUCAACCGCGAGGUUUCUGUCACGUCGGGCAAUGGCGGCAGCUAUCCUCCUCGCACAACCGUGUCAUCCUACACCUCGAAGCCUCCUCAGCAGCAGCAACAUCAGUCUCAGCCGCAGCUCAGCUCGACAACGCCAGCGGCACGUACCCGGCCUAGGGCAAAGUCAGCCUCCAACCUGCUCACCCGGCCCAGCCAGGACGUUGAAUUCCACGACGACACCCUCCUGGACCAGCAAGACCCUGAAGACCGGCAGGAUGGGCUUGCGGAGCUGAUCGACUUUCUGAGGAACCACGCGCCGCCGUCGGGCAACUUCAUGUCCAUCCCCGACGACAUCAGCGACGAGGACAGGGGCCGCUGGUACAGGCUGCGCAAGCUGGGCAGGAGGAGGAGCAGCAGAUCCCUCUCCAAGACACAGACCAUCCGGCUCCCGGACUCUGCAGUCUCGGGCAUCACCAUAGGCGGGCACCGGCAUAUCGCCAUCUCCAUCCCGCUCGACGCCUCACCCUUUGGCCGGACCCCCAGGUCGCAGUAUCCCGUCUAUCAGCACCGCAGUGUCAAGCCGCUCACGUCGAGAUACGCCCCUACGAGGGCUGUGCUCAACGACAAGGGCGUUGUCACGGUGCUCCGGACUGUCACGGAGGAUCGGGAGUCAUCCUCAACCAGUCCUGCCUCGUCGCAGAGUCCCGCAUCGGUAAACCACCAGAGACCUCAGAGCACCACCCUGGGAAGAGCAUACUCCCCUGGCGCUAUUAAUAGCAGCAGCCACGGAGACACGUCCGAGUACUUUAACGUCUAUAUCCCAGCGACGCCGCCGAGAGUGUUGUCGCCGGAUCAGGUCAAACAGUCCAAUGAGCAAUCUCGGGAGUUUCACGACUACGAUCAGUCAACUUCGACGCCGACAAAUUCGAAUAGGCGAGACAAUCUCCCAUCGCGAAACACCAGCAUGACGGGCGGUCGCUUUGUGCAUCCAGGGACGUCAUCUAUCGAUGCCAUGAUGUCUCAGCCAACCGAAGCUCAUCCAGCUCCUCUCUCAUUUAACAGACCCCCUUCCAAGGAGGGAUCUCAGUCACUCUCCAAGAGCAUCAUGACAACAAGCGAAAACGACCCAAUUGUUGCAGAGGCCAAGACAGUCGAGGCAAAGCCUGUUGCAGUAAAGGAGUCCCGGAUACGAUCGUCAACCAAGAAGACGGAGGAGACUCCAGUAACGGUCAUCACCACCAGCCCGCUGGGAAACUCGAGAGAGAAGCCCGAGAAGCCCAAGAAACAAGCAACAAAGGAUGAAAACUCACCUACUCCUUCAGUCAAGUCGACACAGAGUCGCCGUGAAAAGGUCCGGGACAAGAAGCGCAAGGACAUGGAGGCGCAACGCAUCAAGCGUCAGAGCCAGUUGAUCGUUACGACGGAGAUCAUGCCAGAGAGUGAUCAGGACAAGGCAAAAGAGAUAUCAAACGAGGAGGACACGGAGAAGCCUCCACCGGUACCUGUGAGGUCACCACAACGACAGAGCAUAUGUCCCAUCAUGGUUGUGGCAAAUGUCAAGCCAUCGCCGCCGCCAUCAUCAAAACUUCCUGAUAAAGCUCGAGAUCAACCUGAACCUGAAUCAAAGGAGACGACAGAGCCUUCAAAAUCAGAGCCCAAGACUGUACCAAAGACACCUUCAAAAGCUGCGCAGGAGGAUCUGUCCAGCAGCACUACUUCACCACCUCGACCAUACGUGGAGAGUUCAAGCAAUCCAACCCCUCCCCAGUCUGCGCAUGGAUCACCAGCCCACAAGAAGACGGGGUACGACCGAACUUCACUCUCACGACGACGAGAGUGGAACGCAGCUCGAGAGCAGGAGCGUAAGGUUCGAGAGGCCAGGGCGAUGAGCCCCCGAUCAAAGGCGAGGAAGCUGGUCAUGACGAAGGAGGAAACCGAGGAGAACAAGGUCCCCAUGAUGGAGAAGGAGGUCCUACGCCGCUACGAGGCGUACCGCGAGUAUCGAAUUCGAGAGAUGGAGCGAAGAGUCCGUCGACUGGAACGCAACGGCGACGUAUGGCUACGAGCACUCGUGCCCGUCCUCGACAACCUAAACCGUACCCUAGCCAACGUCCACGAGGACCAACAACCCCGACGCGCCCAAGGCUGGGUCUCUGACGAGGAGCUACCCCGUCAGCGCAGCCCUCAGGGAAGGCCAUCACGUCAAACCAGCCGAGGCCGGAUGCUGGCUCGACCAGGAGGCACGUCGGAGCGAGAGUUCCUGGAGCAGCUGGUCAGGACAAAGGAGGAGCUGGAGGCAGGAAACGUGAGCGAUGACAUGAGUGGAUUUGACACGAUCGAGCCGCUGAUGAGGGAGCUAGCUGGACGAUCGCGACUGAGCUUUGAGGCCAGGUCGCUCGGCAUGGAACAGGACGGGCUGCACGCAUUCGCGGUUUGA